UUUUUUUUCUUUUUUUCUUUUUCUUUUUUUCUUUUUCUUUUUUGGUUGGUUGGUUUUGAUUUGUCAGAUCCCAGAAAAGUGACUCCUGUUCGGGGCUAAACGGAACUCCAGGUCCCUUGUCGCUGCUCUCUCUCUCUUUUGGCGUCUUACAACCUCCUCCCACUCCUUUCCCCGGCCCCGCCUCCUCCUGCAGGUUCCUCCCCGUCACCCCCCUCCUCCCUCCUCCUCCUCCGCACCUAGCCAGCCCUCUGCAAACUUCCACCUGAUUGAGCGGGACUCUCGGACCUGCGAGCACUAAAGACCUUUCACACCUGCCCGGGCGACAGAGAGCUGCGGAGGGCCACAGCAAAGAGAGCGGCUGCAGCCCCUACGGGGUUAAGGAACCCAGGUGCUCCGGGUCUCGGAGGGCCACGGCGACAAUGACAGCUGACAAGGAGAAAAAAAGGAGCAGCUCAGAGCUGAGGAAGGAGAAAUCCCGUGAUGCCGCGAGGUGCCGGCGCAGCAAGGAGACGGAGGUCUUCUAUGAGUUGGCUCAUGAGUUGCCCCUGCCUCACAGUGUGAGCUCCCACCUGGACAAAGCCUCCAUCAUGCGCCUGGCCAUCAGCUUCCUUCGGACACAUAAGCUCCUGUCCUCAGUCUGCUCUGAAAAUGAAUCUGAAGCUGAGGCCGACCAGCAAAUGGAUAACUUGUACCUGAAAGCCUUGGAGGGUUUCAUUGCUGUGGUGACCCAAGACGGUGACAUGAUCUUUCUGUCGGAAAACAUCAGCAAGUUCAUGGGACUUACUCAGGUAGAACUAACAGGACACAGCAUCUUUGACUUCACUCAUCCUUGCGACCAUGAGGAGAUCCGUGAGAACCUGACUCUCAAAAACGGCUCUGGUUUUGGGAAGAAGAGCAAAGACGUGUCCACCGAGCGUGACUUCUUCAUGAGGAUGAAGUGCACGGUCACCAACAGAGGCCGGACUGUCAACCUCAAGUCGGCCACCUGGAAGGUCCUGCACUGCACCGGGCAAGUGAGAGUCUACAACAACUGCCCCCCUCACAGUAGCCUCUGUGGCUCCAAGGAGCCCCUGCUGUCCUGCCUUAUCAUCAUGUGUGAGCCAAUCCAGCACCCAUCCCACAUGGACAUCCCCCUGGACAGCAAGACUUUCCUGAGCCGCCACAGCAUGGACAUGAAGUUCACCUACUGUGACGACAGAAUCUUGGAACUGAUUGGUUACCACCCCGAGGAGCUACUUGGACGCUCUGCCUAUGAGUUCUACCAUGCCCUGGAUUCGGAGAACAUGACCAAAAGUCACCAGAACUUGUGCACCAAGGGGCAGGUGGUAUCUGGCCAGUACCGGAUGCUAGCCAAACACGGAGGAUAUGUGUGGCUGGAGACCCAGGGGACGGUCAUCUACAACCCCCGCAACCUGCAGCCUCAGUGUAUCAUGUGUGUCAACUAUGUGCUGAGUGAGAUCGAGAAGAACGACGUGGUGUUCUCCAUGGACCAGACCGAAUCCCUGUUCAAGCCACACCUGAUGGCCAUGAACAGCAUCUUUGACAGCAGUGACGAUGUGGCUGUAACUGAGAAGAGCAACUACCUGUUCACCAAACUGAAGGAGGAGCCCGAGGAACUGGCCCAGUUGGCCCCCACCCCAGGAGAUGCCAUUAUUUCUCUCGAUUUCGGAAGCCAGAACUUCGAUGAACCCUCAGCCUAUGGCAAGGCCAUCCUUCCCCCGGGCCAGCCAUGGGUCUCGGGGCUGAGGAGCCACAGUGCCCAGAGCGAGUCCGGGAGCCUGCCAGCCUUCACUGUGCCCCAGGCAGACACCCCAGGGAACACUACACCCAGUGCUUCAAGCAGCAGUAGCUGCUCCACGCCCAGCAGCCCUGAGGACUACUAUUCAUCCUUGGAGAAUCCCUUGAAGAUCGAAGUGAUUGAGAAGCUUUUCGCCAUGGACACGGAGCCGAGGGACCCGGGCAGUACCCAGACGGACUUCAGUGAACUGGAUUUGGAGACCUUGGCACCCUACAUCCCUAUGGACGGCGAGGACUUCCAGCUGAGCCCCAUCUGCCCAGAGGAGCCGCUCAUGCCAGAGAGCCCCCAGCCCACCCCCCAGCACUGCUUCAGUACCAUGACCAGCAUCUUCCAGCCGCUCACCCCGGGGGCCACCCACGGCCCCUUCUUCCUCGAUAAGUACCCGCAGCAGUUGGAAAGCAGGAAGACAGAGUCUGAGCACUGGCCCAUGUCUUCCAUCUUCUUUGAUGCUGGGAGCAAAGGGUCCCUGUCUCCAUGCUGUGGCCAGGCCAGCACCCCUCUCUCUUCUAUGGGAGGCAGAUCCAACACGCAGUGGCCCCCGGAUCCACCAUUACAUUUCGGCCCUACUAAGUGGCCUGUGGGUGAUCAGAGUGCUGAAUCCCUGGGAGCCCUGCCGGUGGGGUCAUCGCAGUUGGAACCUCCGAGCGCCCCGCCUCAUGUCUCCAUGUUCAAGAUGAGGUCUGCAAAGGACUUCGGGGCCCGAGGUCCAUACAUGAUGAGCCCAGCCAUGAUCGCCCUGUCCAACAAGCUGAAGCUAAAGCGGCAGCUGGAGUAUGAGGAGCAAGCCUUCCAAGACACAAGCGGGGGGGACCCUCCAGGCACCAGCAGUUCACACUUGAUGUGGAAACGUAUGAAGAGCCUCAUGGGCGGGACCUGUCCUUUGAUGCCUGACAAGACCAUCAGUGCGAACAUGGCCCCCGAUGAAUUCACCCAAAAAUCUAUGAGAGGCCUGGGCCAGCCACUGAGACACCUGCCACCUCCCCAGCCACCAUCUACCAGGAGCUCAGGGGAGAACGCCAAGACUGGGUUCCCGCCACAGUGCUAUGCCUCCCAGUUCCAGGACUACGGUCCUCCAGGAGCUCAAAAGGUGUCAGGCGUGGCCAGUCGACUGCUGGGGCCAUCGUUCGAGCCUUACCUGUUGCCGGAACUGACCAGAUAUGACUGUGAGGUGAACGUGCCCGUGCCUGGAAGCUCCACACUCCUGCAGGGGAGAGACCUUCUCAGAGCUCUGGACCAGGCCACCUGAGCCAGGGCCUCUGGCCGGGCAUGCCCCUGCCUGCCCCGCCGUCUUGACCUGCCAGCUUCACUUCCAUCUGUGUUGCUAUUAGGUAUCUCUAACACCAGCACACUUCUUACGAGAUGUACUCAACCUGGCCUACUGGCCAGGUCACCAAGCAGUGGCCUUUAUCUGACAUGCUCACUUUAUUAUCCAUGUUUUAAAAAUACAUAGUUGUUGUACCUGCUAUGUUUUACCGUUGAUGAAAGUGUUCUGAAAUUUUAUAAGAUUUCCCCCUCCCUCCCUCCCUUGAAUUACUUCUAAUUUAUAUUCCCCAAAGGUUUUUCUCUCUCUCAUUCAUAUCCAUACUAACAAGCAUGGUGGCUGGUGCCUCUCCCUAGGAAAGCUUUGGCGUCAUUCAACUCAAGUGUUCUUGUUCUUGUUGCCAAAGAGAAAAGGAUUUUCCUCCACUGUGGAUUCUCCCUCUCCCCCACCCCCACAUACACACACACACACACACACCCCUACACACAUAUACACACAUGCACGUAUGCGUGCACACACACACACACACACACACACACACACACACACCCCUACACACACACACACACACACACAUAUACACACACACACACACACACACACACACCCCUACACACAUAUACACACAUGCACGUAUGCGUGCACACACACACACACACACACACACACCCCUACACACAUAUACACACAUGCACGUAUGCGUGCACACACACACACACACACACACAUCUAAUCACCAUAUUGUAAAAUUUUGUGUUUUUAAAGCCAACUCUUUGCUCCGGUUUUUUCAUACGACUUAGUAUGGGGCAAAAAAGCAAUGUGAAGAAUCAACUCUAGGGUUACCUGUGAAGCCACGCGGUGGUGUUCGAAGCUGUCUGGUAAUGCCCCCAUCUCUCCCCGGGUCCAGUGGAUUUUUUUAACUAUUAUUCAAAAGCAAAACUGAGUUUUGUUUUGUUUGGUUUUUUAAGAAGAAUUUAUAUCCGGGUUUAGUGUUUAUCAUAUAUAUGGGUACUCUGUAAUAUCUAAAAGCUUAGAAAUGGGAUCUUGCUCACAAGAAUCACUUUUAAGAUCUUUUAGGGCUGUUAAUUUUAUUUUUCUCAGUGUUCUGGACACUGUAGACCUGUGCAGUACUCCCACAGGCCUGACUAACCGCCACAGAUCUCUCUUUCUUUCUCUCUGGUGACUUUUUGCUUUUGUGAUAUGGCAGCGGUGUGACAGUCCCAGGAGAGAAGUCAUUAAGGGGGAACAUUGCAAGCUAUCUUUUCGUGUUCUCAGUGUAUUAUGUACGUGUGUGCUGUUGCCGCUAUGAGGGCUCGGGGCUUGCAGGCUCUGAGGGCAUGUCGCAGGCGAGCUGGAAGGAAGCGCUCUCACUUUUUUUCAGGCAAUGUUGCUAGCCCUUCUAGCACACUGAGCUACGAGACUGCCAAUCUCUCUCCUGCGGCACGUUUGGGUUGGCACAGCUACCAUGAAAUGUUUUUAAUGGGAAUUCAUAAAGCAAGUUAGGAUUCACAAAUGUAGUGACCUAGUCCUUGGAGCUAAACUGGGAGUGGGUGCCAGGUGGAGGGUAGCAGGUCUGACCAGCCCUACACCCUGCCACAGAUCACAGCUUGCCGGGCAAAUGACCCUGCGAAGCCACGGUGCAGCGCCCCCUGCUGGCGAGCAGCGGGCAGACCUCCAAGGACAGCCUCUAGCUGAGGUCUCAGUCACAUGAAGUGUGACACUGAACAGGUAGAAAGCACUGAAAAUCGUGUUCCAAGAGCACUUUGUAACUCACUGAGGGGGAGGGGAAGCACCUUUUGGGUUUGCGAUACCAAUCAACAUAAGGUGUUGUUGACUCGGGUACAAUAAAACUCUCAACACACACAAAGCCCAUCAGGCAAGAGUACAGUAAGCCUAAGGGGACUUGCUGCUCAAACCAAAAAUUAACUCUGAAGGUCAGUCUACCUGACAUUACCUAGGCAUGGUGUUGUCCAAGCUGCGCAUCGGUGCACAGUGUGGCCUGGCACACACGCAGGCGGGCGACGGAACUUGAAGGGUUAUUGACAUGCAAAUGCUGGUGUUUGAUUUCCUGUGUUGUUGCCUCAGCGUUAAGGGCAUUUCCGUUUGCAGUUCUACUAAAGACACUCUGAGAAAUAUUCCGAGUUUCGUAUUAACCUUUCCUGUCCAUGUAACAACUUCAUGACCAUUACUGCAUUGUCAAAUUCCUACUGACGACAUUAUAACUGUACGGGAGCUUAACUUUAUAAGGAAAUGUAUUUUGACACUGAUAUCUUAUUAAAGUAUUCUGAUCCUA